AUCAUCAUCAUCAUUAUAAUCAUCAGAUCUUUGGCUCAAACUCCAACAUGGGUAUGAUGAUAGACUUCUCCAAGCAACAACAGAUUAGGAUGACAAGUGGUCCGGAUCAUCAUCAUCAUCAUCAUCAGACAAGUGGUGGUACUGAUCAGAAUCAGCUUCUGGAAGAUUCUUCAUCUACCAUGAGACUAUGCAAUGUUAAUAAUGAUUUCCCAAGUGAAGUAAAUGAUGAGAGACCACCACAAAGACCAAGCCAAGGUCUUUCCCUUUCUCUCUCCUCUUCAAAUCCUACAAGCAUCAGUCUCCAAUCUUUCGAACUCAGACCCCAACAACAACAACAAGGGUAUUCCGGUAAAUCAACACAUCAUCAGAAUCUCCAACACACCCAGAUGAUGAUGAUGAUGAUGAAUAGUCACCACCAACACAACAACAACAACAAUCAUCAUCAUCAGUUUCAGAUUGGGAGUUCCAAGUAUUUGACUCCAGCUCAAGAGCUACUAAGUGAGUUUUGCAGUCUUGGAGUAAAGGAAAGUGAUGAAGAAGUGAUGAUGAUGAAGCAUAAGAAGAAGCAAAAGGGUAAACAACAAGAAGAGUGGGACACAAGUCAUCACAACAACAAUGAUCAACAUGACCAAUCUGCAACUACUUCUUCAAAAAAACAUGUUCCUCCACUUCACUCUCUUGAGUUCAUGGAACUUCAGAAAAGAAAAGCCAAGUUGCUCUCCAUGCUCGAAGAGCUUAAAAGAAGAUAUGGACAUUACCGAGAGCAAAUGAGAGUUGCGGCGGCAGCGUUUGAAGCCGCGGUUGGAGUAGGAUCGGCAGAGAUAUAUACUGCGUUAGCGUCAAGGGCAAUGUCAAGACAUUUUCGGUGUUUAAAAGACGGACUUGUGGGACAGAUUCAAGCAACAAGUCAAGCUUUGGGAGAGAGAGAAGAGGAUAAUCGUGCGGUUUCGAUUGCUGCACGUGGAGAAACUCCACGGUUGAGAUUGCUUGAUCAAGCUUUGCGGCAACAGAAAUCGUAUCGCCAAAUGACUCUCGUCGACGCUCAUCCUUGGCGUCCACAACGCGGUUUGCCUGAACGCGCAGUCACAACGUUGAGAGCUUGGCUCUUUGAACACUUUCUUCACCCAUAUCCAAGCGAUGUUGAUAAGCAUAUAUUGGCCCGACAAACUGGUUUAUCAAGAAGUCAGGUAUCAAAUUGGUUCAUUAAUGCAAGAGUUAGGCUAUGGAAACCAAUGAUUGAAGAAAUGUACUGUGAAGAAACAAGAGGUGAACAAAUGGAGAUUACAAACCCGAUGAUGAUCGAUACUAAACCGGACCCGAACCAGUUAAUCCGUGUCGAACCGGAAUCUUUAUCUUCAAUAGUGACAAACCCUACAUCCAAAACCGGUCACAACUCAAACCAUGGAACGACGUCGUUGGGGUCAACGUUUGACUUCUCCUUGUACGGUAACCAAGCUGUUACAUAUGCUGGUGAAGGAGGGCCACGUGGUGACGUGUCGUUGACGCUUGGGCUACAGCGUAACGAUGGUAAUAACGGUGGUGUGAGUUUAGCGUUGUCUCCGGUGACGGCUCAAGGUGGCCAACUUUUCUACGGUAGAGAUCACAUUGAAGAAGGACCGGUUCAAUAUUCAGCGUCGAUGUUAGAUGAUGAUCAAGUUCAGAAUUUGCCUUAUAGGAAUUUGAUGGGAGCUCAAUUACUUCAUGAUAUUGUUUAAAAUUAAAAGAUUAGGACCAAA